AUUUAUAGACGAUGAGUGCUCUAGAUGACGACUUUAUGAAAGGACAUGAGCGAGAACAGUGAUAUCAUGGUCUUGGUCUAGUGAAUCCCUCUCUUGAUUGGGGCGCUUACUCUUGUCCCAAAUGCUUCUUUGAGUUUAUUCUUCUCGAAAUCUUCCAAGUUACGAACGAUUCGUUCUUUGAGACAAGACCGCAUGGUUCAGCUGCCGACGUCCUCUUCUUCCUACUUCAAAGAUAACCUGGCAAAAUGAGCAUGGAAACAACUUUUCCCACCAGAAAGCAAUAUCAAUACCAGAACACUACGGAGGCAAUAUAUACCUUUGUAACUGGAUUCUCUAUGCCUCGCACAACUUCCUGCCUUCUUUGUGCCACAAACCCCGCUAUAGCACCCCCGUCUUGCUCCCUGAACCACCCCACCAUCACACUCUCUGACAUGAAUACAUACUCACCAAGAUCCUAAGUGGCUGCCAGGUAUGGGGAUAUUGGCAGCAGCACCCCAAUACACCAAGGGCGAUAACACGGCAGACUUUGGCGACUUUGCGAGCAAUGAAGACGAGAAACUUGAUCUCGAAGACGUUGUUGAGCCCUGGCAUAAGUACGACGUAAAGGAAACUUCACGUAACACUAAGAUCGGCUCGGGGGGCUUCUUCACAGUCUGGAUGGCCCGUGACCUCCACGACAAGAAGGAUGUAGCCCUCAAAGUGAUGUCUUCGGGAGAAUGGGGAGAAACCGAAAUCCGUAUGCAGGACAAAAUCAUCCAGAACAUCCAGGAUACCUGUCUCCUUGUGAUGUAUUCGGCGACGUUUCCACUUCCUGGAAACAAUUUUUAUCAUAGAGUUCUAGUGUUUCCCUUGCCUUUACCCUGUUAUCCUGACAAAUAUGCCCAUGGCGCGGCGCGAAUGUCUGCUGCUCGGCAACCGCUAGAAGCUUUGGAAAGUUUACACAAAGCCGGUAUUGUACACCGUGAUUUGAACGAGAGGAACUGUAUGUUUGGGAUGGUUCCUCUCCAUAAUCUCGACAGAAGUGCCAAAUACGAUGCGCCUGGCCGGCCACUAAAGCGAAUCAUACCCUAUGUGGAGCUCUGGAAGCAGGGAGAGCUUGUUCGGCCCAUUGAGGACCCUGACAAUCUACGCACAGAGAAGUUCUAUUUCAGUGACUUCGGUCUGGCGAUGCAUCUCGGCGACCUUGUGACUCCACGUGGCUAUCUGCCUAUGCAAUUCUGCUCCCCUGAUCGACUUCAUAAGGAAGAUUCAAGUUUUGCCUGCGACAUGUGGAGCUACAUGAUCAUUUUCGCUGAGCUUUAUCUUGGCUAUACGCCCUCUCCUACUCACCUUAAAGGUGGAUUAAUAUCUGGUAUUGUCAGAUGUUUGGGUCCACUGCCUGAAAGUUGGAAGGGCUUAUACACUCACCCGGGAGGCUUUGAUUCCUGGUAUGAUCAGGGGAUAACGCCCGAUCCAAAGCAUGACCUUGCAUCGACAAUUGCAUACUGGCGUCCCGACGCCGAUCCAAUUGAGCGAGAACUUGUGCCCUCCAUUAUGAAUAGAGUAUUUACUUAUUCCCAAGACGAAUGUCUGACCGCAACACAACUUCUGCAGGACCCUUCUUCAGAGCCAUUAUGGACAAAUAUGGUUGUUGAUGUUAUAUUCUUGACUUCCUUCAUAUAGAUCAAGGUUGCGAACACCAAUUGAUUAUCUUGCCU